GUUUGUUUUUCAGGCGGUCAUGUAUGGCGAUUAGAACUCAAUUUCCCAGACAUUAACGCCAAGGAUUCCUCCUUGCAUAUGAUUUCCUGCUUGCGUUCAGAUGUAGAAUUUAAGAAAGUGUCAGUUAUGCGAACUGUUGUUUAACUCUCUUUUUGUGGUUAAAGAAAAAUGAAAAAAGCAUUAAAACAAACAAUUAAUAACAUUUGCAUAAAUGAGAAAACGAGUGAAAAUGUAAACUGAGCAACUUGUUUGGCUAGCUGUUGUGUGACGCUGCAGAGAGUUCCUAGUUAGCUAGCUACAUAGCUACAGUUAUGUCAGCCUAGUAACAUAGGUAGGGACACUAAUGAAUUAAUUUAUUGUCGUAUGGUGCAAGAUUUUUUUUUCAAAAGAGGACGAACUUAUAAGAUACCUGAAAGAGGCGCCUGUUUAAUACGAUGGAGGAGGUUGAUAGGAUUUUAAUUCAUUCACUCAGACAGACUGGAACGUAAGUAUCGUCGCUUUUCUAUUCAGCUAGCAAACUGGGGUACAAAGCAGGAUUAUCGCACAAAAUCUCUGACAAUUAAUUUGUCAUUUGGGUAGUCAGCUGCCCUAAUGAAUAUUUUUUGGGUUUUGUCAGUGACAAGUUUCUUUUUGUGAAGACGGUGUUUCUCGAAGGCUAGGCAGUUCCGUUAGCAAUUUAGCUACUCUAAUUUUGUUUGCAGGGAAGUGGGUAACAUUAUCCCACAUUUCAUUCAUGUUACUGCUGCUUUUAGUGUCAUUUGAGCGUAAAUCUGCAGAAUUGUUAGAUUGUUAUAUAUGACGUUAUAUUAGCAGCAACUGGUUAUAUGCCGGGAGCUGAUUAGUCUCCUAUGUACAUAUAGUUGUAUUGCCAUUCUAGUUCAAUGUCUGCCCCGGGUAAGUAGUUGGAAAAGAUCCGUUUAGGCGUGUUGUUUGGAAAUAAUAUUGUGGUCAGUAGAGUCUGAGUGUUCUUGUGUAAUGGGUAGUAAUUGUUUUCUUUAUUGGGAACUGCGACUGUGGACGUAGAAGUACAAAGACACAAAUGCCGAGCAGCGCUACUGCUGUAGUAUGGUGGCAGAGGGCUGAUAUACUGGUUAUGUUAUUACAGCUGCAAGGGAAGCUGGAUUGUAUUAUUUCCUGGGGAAUGUAUUGUCCAGAAUAUCAUUGCGUUUUAUUUAAUCCAUGUGGCAGGUGACGUUCAUGUUUAAUGUAAGACCCACACAAUUCAAACGGUGCAGGUAGAGUGUAUGGCUGAGGCUACAGGUAGGCAGUCUUUGCUACGUACUUCUUGGAUUCAGAUGACGUUCCUAGUCGGAGAAGUGCUAGUUCUUAAGGCUAAACUUUGUGCAUCUCACUAUUUUCCAGCGGCUGUAAGUGUUCUGUAAGCUACAGGCUGUGUGUUUAGGAGCAUGCUUGAGCAGGGUGAAGCAGCGAUGCACGCGGUCUUCUCUCUCCCCUGUUUGCUUAGGGACGUUCCAGAGGACGUGGACAGCGUGAAGCAGUUCACCAGUGAGCUGAUCGUGGAGGCAGUGGUGCGAUGUCUGCGCGUCAUUGAUCCGGCCUUGGGCAACGGCCUGUCUCCAUCUCUGCCUCCCGGCAUGUCUGCUCGCUUCCGCCUGGGGAUGAGUCUGGCUCAGGCUUGUCAGGACCUCGGCUACAAAGGGGAAAUCGGCUACCAGACCUUUCUGUAUAGCAAUGAGCCCGAGAUUCGCUCCCUGCUUAUGUUCCUGGUGGAGAAGUUGCCAAGAGAGAGUGCGGAGGCCUCCAGCCAGCCUGCCGGAAAGUCAGCCCUCUUGCUGAAGUCCAUUGCUGCUCAGAUCAAAGCUCAGCUGUUGUUACCCUGGGCGCCUCCUUCCUGCCGCCUGCCCCUCCUCUGCCGGAUGCAGAGUCCAGGCCUGUCUAACGGUUUUCAUACUCAACCCUUGAGUUUGCCUCAUUGUUCAAGAUCCUCUGGGAAAAUCCCGAAAGAGGUGAAGGAUUACUACAGGGAUUUAUUACUACCUGUGACCGCCCAGCCUUCCCAGCAUUCCUCGGUUCCAUCUUCUUUGCUGGAGCAGCAUGCCUUGGACCUCAGUGCUGCCCAGGAAUGGGAGAAUGAGUGGAACAGUCAGGGCCUCCUGUCCAGACUGAGCCCUGAGGACUAUCGGGCUCGGAAGCGUACACGGCUGCAGAAACGCAUCGAGGAGCAGCUUCGGGCUGCCGCCCAGUCCUGCCCUGACGUCCAGAAUGCGUCGCGAUCGGGCCCCGAUUUGGCGGACCUGCUGCAGUCCUUCGGAGGGGCCACCAGCGGGGAUAAGCUCCUCACCAAGGGCACGCGGUUCACUCACACGGAGAAGUUCACCUUCACCCAGGAUCCAGAGAAAGCUGCCCAGCAGAUGGCGGCAGCAGUGAACUCACUGCCAACUUCCCACCAAUCGGAGGAGGACAUUCGGGCCCAACAGCAGGAGGAGCUCGCGUCCCUGCAGCAGCAGCUGCAGCAGCUCUCCUUGCAUGUGGAUGAAGUCGGAGGGGAUAUAAAGAGGCUCACUGUGGCAAUCAGCAAGGUAUCAGAAGAGCUGAAGCAGCAGGAGCAGAGUAACACGGAGAAAGAAGCCACCAUUCGGAUCAAGAGGCAAACAGUGGACCUGCUGCCCGACGCAGACAACAACCUCGCCAAGCUGCAGGCCUUGGUGGACGCCAGCUCGCAGCGGGUGGCAAACCUGUCCUCGCAAUGGGAGAAACAUCGUGCCCCGCUGGUGGAGGAACAGCGACGACUGAAAGAGCUCUGCAGCAGUCAGGAGCUGGAAUCUUCACGCAAGCUUUCGGAGAUCAAAGGCCUUCAUGAAAGAAUAAGACAAUCUGCUGAAGAUGCCAGAAAGAAGGAGGGACUCUACAAGCAGCUGGUAACAGAAUUUGAGAACCUGCCCAAAGAUGUCUCGCGAUCAGCCUAUACGGUCCGGAUCCUAGAGAUUGUUGGCAACAUCAAGAAGCAGAAAGAGGAGAUCACAAAGAUCUUGUCGGACACUAAGGAGCUGCAGAAGGAGAUCAACAGUCUGACUGGCAAGCUGGACCGGACUUUCGCAGUGACAGAUGAACUGGUCUUUAAGGACGCUAAGAAAGAUGAAUCUGUUCGCAAAUCGUACAAGUACCUGGCAGCAUUACACGAGAACUGUACCCAGCUGAUUCAGACCAUUGAGGACACUGGAACAAUUAUGAGAGAAAUCAGAGACCUGGAGGAACAGAUUGAGACUGAGAAUGGCAAGAAGACCCUCAGCAACCUGGAGAAGAUCCUAGAGGACUACAAGGCCAUUCGACAAGAGAAUUCAGCUCUGGCAGCAAAGAUCAGAGAGGCCUGAGACUGAGAGAUUGCUACAGUGCUCCCAUUGGUACUUGUUGAUAAUCUUGACUGGCAACCCACCUUGACUGCCUGCUAUGGAAACAAGCACACCAUCUCCAAACUGACUGGCCCGUCCAGCUCUCCAGCAGGGUGUUCUGUAGCGUCAUUGCAUUGCCUGUCCAGAAGAGUACCAAACUGGGGGAGGGAGGAAUUUUUUUGUACUAAAAUUACUUUGAGAUCAUUUUUAAUGCGCAUAUUUACAUAACGCUAGUCUUGAACAUCUUAAUCUGAUGCCAUAUGAUAUGAAUGGGAGCUCAAGGGGGCUGCUUUAUGUGCAAGUUGGUAGUACUGACAGCACUCCAUAAUACUUUGCCUUUAGUUUCUUCGAUCACAGUGGAAUUAAUUGGAUUGAUCUAGUGCUGGAUGAUAAAUAUUGCAUUACACUCAGAUAUUCUGCAAGGGGAAAUGGCGACCAGCAAAUUUAAUUUUUCUUGGAUUAAUUAUUGGAUAUUGCCAAUAUUUUCCAGAUUAUUUUUUUUCCUGGAAUUUAUCCAGUUACAGCUAAAAUUUUAAUAGAAUAUACAUUCCCCAGUAUACAUUUUAGCUCACUGGAAAUUUCAGUAUGCUUGGAAAUAUGAUCCACCUUUUUUUUUUUUUUAAAACAACCCAAAGAAAUAUUGAAUUGAGAAUGACUAUAACGAGGGUGUAAAUUAGGUUGUGAAGCUGCACACAGUGGUAAAUCGUGGCCAUUUUCACUUCUUGAGAGGAGAUUUUGGAUGAUAUUUCUAUAUUAAUAAAUAUGAGUGUGCUGGCUUCAGGUGUGUCCUUCAAGGUCCUUACUAUGUAUGGCUGGUUCUACAUCAUAAAAACCCCAUUCCAUGAUAAUGUGAAAUGCUGGUGACUUGGUUCGAUGGAUAUGUCAGAUCCUGUUUCAUAAUAACCAACAUCAGUGUCUUUUAAUUGUAAUUUCUGGAUUUGCCAGGGUUAUUUUAGAAUAUGUUUUUCUGUUCUCCCACAAUACAAUCCACGAAGCAUGCUAUUAAAAUAUUUAAAUUUGAUUUUAUAAACUCAUUUUCUUGUUUCUAUACCAGUAAAUUGGAUACAUAAAAUUUUGUGUGACUUGCUCUUGUGAUUUUGGAGUGUUAGAGAGAUCAUGAGUGAGCUGUAUUUGUCUGGGUUUUGCGUGUUUUAAUUUGUUAUGCUUUUGUUCCUUUGAGCUCACAAUGCUGCAUAGGAACUCUUAAGCGUUAAUUUCGUUAUUCAGCCAUGAAUCAGUGGUGUUCAGUUAGUCCUGAACUAAUCUGGAAAUAACCAAAUACACAGUCGCUGACUAAAGAGUGCAGGAAUGGUCAUUGUGAUCAUUUUAUGCCUGGUGCUAAAUGGCAACUUAACUAAAUCCUCAGGAGGCCCUGGAACAGUUCAGCUGUCACAUUUUAUCAGUAUUUUUAUUGAGGAAGUACUUGGAUUUACAUCAGUCUCGCAGAUAGCAAGUAGAAGUUCAGCUCCUUAUUUAACAAAACCAUAUCAUUGACACAAGACUAGCUGGGAUUCCACUCUUUAACAAGAUAUUGCUGUUUAAUCCUUGUGUUUAUUCAGUCAUUCAACAUUUGUUAGAUACUGUGUUUAAGUGAUUUUGUUAUCUGACCAUGUAGUUGGAUAGACUGGAAUAAAUAUGGUUCUAUUUCCAAUCAUCUUUAACUAGAAUUUUAAGUGGUCACAUGGAUGUCAUCAUAGUCUCUAAUCCUGGGGACACGUUCUCCCAAAAACAUUCAAGCUCUCCAAUAUUUCUUCGUUCUUUUUUAACUUUGAUGCAAUUUUAAAACAUACAUUUGUUUGGAAAGUGGGUUCAGAUAAGUAUUUGUCCACCACUUGAAACCAUGGGAUUUUUUUACACUCUUGUUUUCUUCUCCAUGUUCCUCACUCCCUCGCUAGUGGUCAUACUCUGGCCCUACACCUAAAGGGUUUAAGUACUAUGGGUCUGUUUCCAGUAUGAUGAACUGGGAAUUUGCUCUAGUUAUUUGUACAGUUUCAAGUGCAGGCUUUAGCAUUCUGUCAUAGAACUAAAUAACUUGUUAGUCUUCCCUGGAUUUUUUCCUAAAUGAGGUACAAAGCACUUUUCUUCUCAUACUUGUUGAAAUUUUGUUUCAUAUUCAGUGUACUUUGGUUCAACUAAUUAUAUUCCCAUUGCAGUGUUUGUAAUCAGUACUGAUUUUACAUUAAUUUAAUAGUGAGUUUGUCAACAAAAUCCAAUAUAAUGUUGAAGCAGAGGAAAAUAUAGCCUUAUUUUCUUUUUCUUGGACAAUGGUCAGUAGGAAUGGGUGUUGGAUAACAAAAACUUUUGGGGAUUUAAAAGUGUUAAUUAUGUUAAUGCCAGAAAGAAAACAAAAGCAGCACCUCUCGGCCUUUGAUUGACAUUUACAAAAUACAUCUAAAUAAAUGUUUUAUUAAUAUUUUCCAUAUUCUGUGAAAAGUAUCACAAUUGUCAUUCAUGCAUCUCUUCAGACUUUUUCCAUGGUUGGUAUUAAUGCUGAAAUAUUUUAAAUGAAUCUAUACCAUCAGUUGAACUAGCACUGUGACUCACAAUUGAAUGUGGCUUUUUUGUUAGGUUCAUUAAAGGAAGAAUUUUAAGUU